UAGAUCCAACAGGACCGUGUCCUUCCUGUCUUGGGGACCCAGAGCAGGAUGCAGUACUCUGUCGUGGUAGAGACUGAGACACUACAAAGCAACACAGUCCAUUUCCAGAAGGCUUCAAACCCUGUUUUUAUUCUAGCCUGCAUGCUUUUUCUGCAUUUUUACAAAGCUCUUAACUUUAUACUUUACUCAUUGGUCGCGAGAUACAAGCAAAAUACUCAUUGGAAUAGGGAGUUGCAGGUUUCUUUUAUUUAUCCUUUCUUUCUUGGUUUCUAUGAUCAAUGACAUAGAAAAUUGCUGGAAAGCUAUUUUAGUUGUAAACAUGGAUCCUCCUACCUAACUUCUCGAUGGCUCACAGAGGUCACUGUAAAACGUCUUCCACAUUACUCCAGGUGGGGUCCCACCAGAGCAGAGGGGGGGAGUCACCUCCUUCAACCUGCUGGGCACUCUCCUUUGGAUGCACAUGGCUGGCUCAUGUCCAGCCUCUCUUCUAGCAGCAACCCCAAGUCCUUCUCGGCAGAGCUGCUCUGCAUCCCUUCAUGUCCCAGCCUGUGAGAUCAGCUGAGCUGGGACUGUGUCACAGCCCUUGGGCAGAGCAGCUGGGCAGGAUGAGCUCCCUUCCGAAGAAAGCAGAACCCACUCCAAAGAUCUCCACCCUGGCCAUGAGGUCACAGAAGGCUCUGAGAUCACAGAGGUGCCAGAGCCCCGUGGUUGCAGAGCAGCACAAGGAGCCAGCAGUCAGUCCCUGAGCACAACUGUUGCGGCGGCAGCAGCAGCGGUGGCAGCAGCGGUGCUGACAUUGGGACAGCGGUGUCAGGACAGAGGUGGCAGCAAGAGCUGCGGGACUGGCAGAGGACAAGGCACCAUGGCCCUUGCUCUGCACCUCUUCCUCCUGCUCCUCCUGGCCGUGGCCCUGCCUGCCAGGGCUGCACAGGCUGCUCCACUCCAAGUGUGGCGAGCAGAUGAGCAUGCUAGGAAGGCUUCUCCAGCAGCUUGGCUUAAUGAUGAUUUCCAGGGUCUUAACCCUCCACCAGUUUCAGGUGUGUCUGCAGGAAAGACUUUUCAGGCUCCUUUCCUGGUUGCUGCACACAAGCCCCGCUCCCAUGGCACGGGUCCUCCGAGAAGGAGGAACAAACCUGGAGGAGACAGGAAGUCCCUGGAGGCAUCCAAACAGAUGGACAGGAUCUGGAGUGACCUGGAGAGACAACGUGACAUGGAAGGAGAGAGUGUGCUGACAGCUGCAUUUCCCGGAGGAAGCAGUGGCUCCAUGGCAGCCUCUGCCCCAGGAAGGGAGGCGAUGCCAGGCAAAGGCCCCGGAGACUGGGAACGUGACUUCCAUCACUGGGAAACGCUGUUAAAGCACAGUUUAAGGAUGUUGGAGCUUGGUGAUGGUGAACCUGAUGAUGAAGACAAUCCUGAUGACGAAGAUAAUACGUUUGAUGAAGAUGAUCUGGAUUCCCAAUGUGUACCCAUUACUGAGCCUCUGGGAGAUGCUGAGGGUGUGUCUGCAGGGAGGACUUUGGUGGAUGCUGCACACAAGCCCCACUCCCAUCGCAGGGGUCCUCCAAGAAGGAAGAAGAAACCUACAGGAGCUCGUAAGUCCCUGGACAUUUCCAAACAUCUGGAACAAAAACAGAGUGGCGUGGACAGCCAGCGUGAUGCAGCCGAGAACUCAACAGAUUGGAAAAGCAUGAGAAGAACUUUCAGCUCGGAAACAUCCUUUUUGAUUACGUUGAUGGCCAUUGUGGCACCUGCAGCACUGUCCCUGAUGAUGUGCUAUGCCAGAAUCUGGUAUUGCUCGAAGAGAAAACGGAGCACCUCGGGAGAGGAGUUGGAAGACGGUGGCUGCACCUCACACCCAGCCAGCGUGAGCAGCUCCUCCAGCAGCAGGGACGGCCUGGACAGCCCUCUCAAAUGUUCUGUGAAGAGGAGCCCAGAACAACUGUCUACACGGAAACCUCCUUUUACCCCGUAGAUCCCACUGCCACCUGCUCUCCCCAUGGGCCUCCCCAAGCUGCCUUCAUCCCUUUUUUUCUCUCCGUCUGUCCCAUCCCAGCCAACUCGAGUUCCUCUAGGGACCCCAGGAUCAGCCCAGCACCUUCCAGCCCCUCCGGAGACCAACACAUCCCUUCCUCUGCCUCUGAGACCCCUUGCCUUGC